AUGUCUCGUAUUGACACAUCAAAAGACUUGUGUUCCCUCUUCGCAGAACAGGUGCAGAGAACACCUGAAGCCGUUGCCCUCGAAGAUGAGUCGGCGACGUAUACAUACGAAGAGCUAGCUACUCGGGUUGAAGAGCUUGCCAAACGACUACGGAAGAUUGGCGUGGGCCGAGACGCUCUUGUCGGUGUGUUGCUCCCAAGAAGUGCUGACUAUGUGAUAGCCUGCCUGGCAGCAUUGCAAGCAGGUGGCGCGUAUCUUGUGCUGGAGCUCGCAUACCCUUCCGAUCUGCUAGCCGAUGUGAUCGAGGAUGCAAAUCCGAAGGUCAUCAUCACCAACGAGGCUGCCACUGGCAAGGUCAAGGAAGGCAGGUCCCUCAUUGUGCUCGAUGAGCCUGCUACCGAACAAGUAAAUGGCUGUGGUGAUGGCCUCACGAAUGGGCAUGUCAAUGUCGAUGAGCCCAAAGUCGAUGAUCAAGGCCACGAAAGCUCUGCUGAAGACGACCUGGAACGUCUAGCCUUCGUGGCAUACUCCUCCGGAACCACUGGCAACCCAAAAGGCAUCGCAAAUCCUCAUCGAGCGUCAGUGCGCUCGUACAACCUCAGAUUCAGCAUUUCUGAUCUUCAGCCGGGCGACCGAGUGGCGUGCAACGUAUUCUUCGUGUGGGAAAUGUUACGUCCGCUACUGCGAGGCGCCACUACGCUCACGAUUCCAGACGAGGUUUCUUACGAUCCUGUAGCAUUGGUCGAGAUGCUCGCUUCUAAGAAGAUCACCGAAACGUUGAUGACACCGACUCUGCUCGCGGCUGUCUUGUCUCGCUUUCCCGAUAUUGGGUCGAGACUUGGCGAUCUGCGUACUCUAUGGCUCAACGGCGAGGUGGUUACAACAGAUCUGGCGCGACGGGCAUUGAAAGCGCUUCCUGGCGUCCGUCUCCUCAAUUGCUACAGUGCUUGUGAGACGCACGAGAUUGCGUGCGGCGAUAUCAGAGAAAUGCUCGAUGAUCAAGCGACGUAUUGCCCUGUGGGGCGGGCAAUGGAACCUGAGCACAUUCACGUGCUCGAUGAAGAAGGCAAAGAAGUCGAGGCAGGAGUGAGUGGCGAGCUGUAUGUAGGUGGUUCGCUGCUCGCUCGUGGCUAUCUCAAUCGCCCUGAGACUACCGCCAACGCUUUCCUCGCCGACACCUUCAAUCCUGGCAACCCGGAUGCUCGAAUGUACAGGACUGGUGAUCUCGCCAUUCUGCAUGCCAAUGGGCUGCUCGAAAUUACUGGUCGGACCGGAGCGAUGAUCAAGCUGAGGGGGUACAGUGUUGUGCCGGCCAAGGUCGAGGACACCAUAACAAAAUAUCUGCGCGUCAGGCAUUGCGCAGUCGUAGCACAUGGCGAUGGGCUUGAUCGACAACUCGUCGCGUACCUGGUUGCUGACAGGGACGAUGCCAGCCUACCUCUCGUGGACAUCGAUGACCAUGGCCAUAGUCCAACGGCGCGAAAGAUCAUCUCGCCUUAUCUUGCACAAUAUAUGAUUCCAUCCUUGUGGGUUGAACUUGAUCAGCUUCCUACACACAGCGUUUCCGGCAAAGUCGACCUGAAAGGCCUCCCAUCACCUCCAACGGCGGCUGCGAUGACCAAUGGAACAGCUACUCCAAAGGACCCUAUAAGCAUCAACGACAUCGCGGAGAUCUGGGCCGCUACGAUCGGUAUCUCUCAGCAAGCUCUCAAACCUGAGCACAGCUUCUUCGAUCUCGGUGGACACUCACUUUCGCUCGCUGCUCUGGCCUCGAAGCUGUCCAGACGCUUUGGAUUCCGCAUACCAGUCGGUCGCCUGGCAGAGCCUGCAACAUUGGAAAGCCAUCUGGACGCUGUUCGAGAUGUCCGAGAUGGCUCCAUCGCUGCCGUACAGUCCGAUUUGCCGGCUGCCCUACGUAGAGACUCUGCACUAGAUCGAGACAUCGAAGUGCCUCCGACAUCAAAGAUUGCUGCGCUUAAGGAUGCACAUACAGUGCUUCUCACCGGAGCUACCGGGUUUCUUGGUGCAUUCCUGCUCAACGAGCUUUUGGAAAGCACUUCAGCACAAAUCAUAUGCCUUGUAAGAUCACAAGACCCUUCGGAACAUGACAAACCUGGAUGUACGGCUAGGCUGCGGAAGAACUUGAUCGACUCGGGCCUGUGGAGAGAUUCAAUCAUGGAAAGAGUCGAGAUCUUACCCGGUGACCUACCUCGUAAGCGUCUUGGUCUCUCGCUUGAAGCUUUUGAAGAUUUGGGAAAGCGAGUCCAGGUCAUUGUACACGCAGCAGCAGCUGUGAACCUCGUGUACCCAUACGCCGCCCUACGUGGGACGAACGUACAGGGCACUAGAGAAAUCUUGCGUCUGGCGUGUGUCAAUGGAGCCACGGUACAGUAUGUCUCUACCAACGGUGUUCUGCCGCCUUCGGAGAGUGGCCACGGGUGGCCCGAGGACGCUAUGCUGUAUGUCGAUGCAGUUCCCGAGAAGAUUCCUGAUGGCUAUGGACAGACGAAAUGGGCCGCUGAGCAGCUUGUGCUUGAAGCCGGACGUCGUGGCCUACCGGUCAGGAUCUUGCGUGCUGGAACUAUCAGUGGACAUAGCUCUACGGGCGCUGCCAAUGCCUGGGAUCUGCUCACUGCUUUGUUCGUGGAGUCGAUUCAUCUGGGACACUAUCCCGACGUCAAAGGCUGGAGAGCAGAAAUGACUCCGGUCGACUUCGUGAGCAAGGCCAUCGUGCAUCUCGGCAACCAAACACACGCUAAGCAGCUUGUCUUUCACCUCGGUGAUCCGGAUCCUGUGGAGGCUGCCACAGUAUUCCAGCACUUUUCAGAAUUGGGAUACCCCACGGCACCGAUGGAAUUUGAUGAGUGGGUGGCGCUCUGGACAGAGAGGCGAGGAUCUGCAAAGGGCGGAGAUGGCGCUUUCACCGUCGACAUCCUCCGCAGUGGCAUGCCUAGCGUCGGCUUUCUCAGAGACAUAGUCGUCCUGAAUAAUGCUCAGACUAGACCUUUCCGCGCUAUCGUCGAACGACCGAAGGUGGACAGCGUACUCCUGGAGACGUAUGCGAGACAUUGGUUCGCACGAGGCUGGAUGAAUCGAGCACCUCUCCGUCACACUGCUAAAGGCGGAUCUGCAUUAUCGGUCAGGAAGAGCAUUCUUUCCGGACGUGUGGCUGUCAUCACAGGUGCUUCAUCAGGCAUUGGCGCUGCCGUUGCUGCCGCACUGGCGGUAGAGGGCUGUCAUCUCGUCCUCGCAGCUCGCAGAACCCAAGCCCUCGAGGCUCUCAAACGACGUCUUGUCGUUCGAGAAGGCAAAGUCAUCACGAAGCAAACCGACGUAACAAAUAAAUCCCAAGUCGACGACCUCUUCAAAACAGCCGAGAAAGAACUAGGACCCGUCGACAUUUUAGUCUCCUGCGCUGGCGUAAUGUACUUCACCAUGAUAUCCAACGCCCAAACCGAAGAAUGGAACACCACCGUCGACGUCAACUGCAAAGGCCUCCUCCACUGCCUCUCCGCCACCGUCCCACCCAUGCUCCAAAGACACACCGGCCACAUAAUCAGCAUCUCCUCCGACGCAGGCCGCAAAGUCUUCCCGGGGCUGGGCGUCUACUCGGCCUCCAAAUUCUUCGUCGAAGCCACCCUCCAAUCCCUUCGCCUCGAGACCGCGGGCAAAGGUUUGCGUGUCACAUCCAUCCAACCUGGGAAUACGGCCACGGAACUUUUGGGCAUGUCGACCGAUACCGAAGCGAUGGAGGCUUACGGGAAAUCUUCGGGAGCGAAAAUUUUGGAGCCGUCAGAUGUGGCGAGUGCGAUUGUUUUUGCGCUCAAACAGCCUGAGUAUGUGGCUGUGAAUGAGGUUUUGAUUGAGCCGAGGGAUGAGCCGAUUUGA